AUGGCUAGUCGCUUACAAGGUCCCAUACAGGAAUGUUCGGGCUAUUUAAAUCAUUUAGUGGACUUGGACGAGGAUAUUUACCAAAAGUAUACUGGAUUUGAGGAAUUACUCGAUAGGUUUGAUUGCACCGUGGAAUUCUCUGUUCAUUGGACAUGUUCUCAUUGCAAGGUGGUCGUGACACUUGUAAACGAUGCAAGUAUCACUGACUCGUUGUCUCGCUCUUCUGAAGAUCGACGAGAAACUGUCAUACGCACGGGCAGUGAUUCUUUUGAAAAGAAAACCUCUCAGAUCAAUAAUGUAUUCAUGGCCUUCUCCCCGCCGUAUACUGGAGCUGCAUUAGGACCAUCAAGCUAUCAACAUAUAGCAGUACUGUAUAGAAACAAUAAUAAUAUUGGUAAACAGAACAUAUACCCACAGGAAAUAUAA